AUGCCAGCCAACCUCACAGAGCGCGGCCCGGACUCCGACGCUUCCAGCGGGACCACACAGACCCUGGAUGCUUCCCCAGUCCUCUGCACGGAAACGGUGACUUUCACGGAAGUGGUGGAAGGGGAGGAGUGGGGCUCCUUCUACUACUCCUUUAAGACUGAGCAGUUGAUAACUCUGUGGAUCCUGUUUGUUUUCACCAUUGUUGGAAACUCCAUGGUGCUGUUCUCUAUGUGGAGGAGGAAGAUGAAGUCAAGAAUGACCUUCUUUGUGACUCAGCUGGCUAUCACAGACUCUUUCACAGGUCUGAUUAACAUCUUGACAGACAUCAUUUGGCGAUUCACUGAAGACUUUCUGGCACCUGAUCUCCUUCGCCAAGUGGUCCGCUAUUUGCAGAUUGUGCUGCUCUAUGUUUCUACCCAUGUGCUGGUGUCCCUCAGCAUAGACAGAUAUCAUGCCAUUGUCUACCCUAUGAAGUUCCUGCAAGGAGAAAAGCAAGCCAAGGUCCUCAUCGUGAUUGCCUGGAGCCUCUCUUUCCUUUUCUCCAUUCCCGCCCUGAUCAUAUUUGGGAAAAGGAAACUCUCUAACAGUGAAGUGCAGUGCUGGGCGCUAUGGCCUGAUGACUCCUACUGGACCCCGUACAUGACCAUCGUGGCCUUCCUGGUGUACUUCAUCCCCCUGACAAUCAUCAGUGCCAUCUAUGCCAUUGUGAUCUGAACCAUUUGGAUUAAGAGCAAAGCCCAUGAGACCAUGAUCUCCAACUGCUCGGAUGGAAAGCUGUGCACCAGUUACCACCGAGGGCUCAUCUCAAAGGCAAAAAUCAAAGCCAUCAAGUAUAGCAUUGUCAUCAUUCUGGCCUUCAUCUGCUGUUGGAGUCCAUACUUCUUCUUCGACAUCCUGGACAAUUUCAGUCUUCUUCCGGACACCAAGGAACGCGUCUAUGCCUCUGUGAUCAUUCAGAACCUGCCAGCCUUGAAUAGUGCCAUCAACCCUCUCAUCUACUGUGUCUUCAGCAGCUCCAUCUGCUUUCCCUGCAGGGAGCAAACAUCACGGGAUUCCAGAAUGACAUUCCAGGAGAGAACUCAGAGGCACGAGAUGCAGGUUCUAUCCAAGCCAGAACUUGUCUAG